AGUGCCGACUUUGGCAGUGAGGAGCCGGCCGGCCGGCCGUCUGUCCCGGCCCCAGGGCGGAGUGACCCGCAACUCGAGAGAGUCACUAACUACUGACUCCACGCCUCGAGGCGGAGCGACCCCGUGCACCGAGCCAGGACGGCCAGGCCCGCCCUGUGCCCGUGGCAAUGGGCGGGACCUCGCCUCCGAUGGCCACAGCCCUGUCUCGGGCCAGGCCACUGCUGCUGCUUCUUCUGAUAUUCGCCUGGACGGAUACCGGACAAUGUCAGCGGACAAUAAGAAUCAUUCAGGACAGGUCAUCAUGUCAGCUGACACCUCCUGAAUGGAACACAACGAUCACCACCGGCACCGAAAUCAGGGCCACAUGUGACAGACAGUGCACAAGUGAUGCAGUGGAAAGGAAUCAAAACUCCUUGGAAAGAAGUGUUCGAGGAACAUAUGUCUACAGCCUGGACUCUGACCUGUGUCUGGCCGCGAUCCACGACGCUCGCCUGGCUUACCCGUCCCGAUGGAGCCAAGAGUCCGCCAGAGUCCGUCUCAGAGUACUGCGGCACCAGGGUCCGUUCGUCCCCAGCUUCCGGCGCGGCAUCAUCACACCACGUCCGAAAAAAGUGACCAAUGAAACGACAUUGGGAGUAGAGUUCACCAGCAGCAAAGUCUCCGAGCCUGUUCCGGAGAUAACUGUGGUCUUCGACACCUUCCGGUUCCGUGAGAGAGACCCACAGCAAACAGUACAGUGCCACGUUCCGAUGUCAGUGAAUUCGUCCGACUUCCAACUGUUCAGACUUACCGGGUCUGUAAUAACUUCAAUGGAAAAAAGGAAACAUGAAAAUGAAUCUCAAAGCAGUUUUCGAGAGGCUCCGGUGACAUCCGGCCUCAGGGUGCUAUGCUCCAUACAAGAUAAACUCUACUCGGAUGUAACCGCUUUCAGCUACAUUCAGAACCCCUUCUACUUGCCUACUCGUCUCACGUAUCGUGCCAGUCGUGGUGACGGAAUGGAUAUCAGAGUGGACUCCACAGUAAUUUCAAACGUCGUUUGGUAUAAGGACGGAAGCCGAACCCAAAGGAUCACCCAGAAGUCACGCAGCCCCGGCAGCUACAUGAUUGAGAACGCCGAACCAGCAGACUCUGGAGUUUAUGAAGCGCGGAAUGGAGGAUCCGAUAUCGGCAGAUCUUCGUUCUCCGUUAUUGUGAGAGGCUGCCCGGCGGGCCGGUUUGGGCCCGAAUGUCGGGACCGCUGUCCCUACUGUCUUCACGGCGGCCAGUGCCACGACGUGACCGGUCAGUGCGUCUGCCCGCCCGGCUUCUACGGCGACCGCUGCCAGAUCAGCUGUGACAGAGGCCGGUUCGGGGACAGCUGUUCGUCGCUGUGCUUCGGGUCGGAUGGUGGCUGCAGCAAACAACUGCUGUGUGUGCCAGAGCCAUACGGCUGCGGGUGCGCGGCCGGCUACAAGGAUACCUUCUGUAGCAAGCCCUGUGACAGGGGAACGUACGGGCCCGACUGCAACUCGCGCUGUGGCCGGUGUCGAGAAGGCAGCAGCUGCGACGGCGCCAGUGGCAAGUGUGAGAGCGGCUGUGAGGACGGCUUCGAGCCGCCGCUUUGUCUAGACUAUGCGGCCAACUGCAUACCCAACCUUGCCGUUCCAGUGCCGCCGUGGUUCCGCGACCCACCGGCGCUGGUGAAUGUCGGCUUUAUCGACCUCAGCAUCACCCACGCGGUGUGGAGGGAGGACUACGAUAACGGGUACGGUACCGGCGCCUACAGCUACACCAUCCAGUACCGCAGGAGCGACGGCAGCGCGGCGGUCUGGACGAACGGCCAGACGGAGUGGCGGUCCCCGGCUACCGGUAACGUUACCCUGACAGCCAGUGGGCUCAAAGCCGAGACGGCGUACCAGGUCAGGAUGGUGAUCACGGAUGUACAACGCGGCACCAGCACCAACGACACCAAGGUGCUCACCGUCAGCGUCACCACCGACUGUCAAAAGCCAGGCAAGAUCAGUACACCAACUGCCACAGACGUCACCAGCAUUUCGGCCAGCAUAAUUAUCGAGCGUCUGAGCAAUGCAGAGGAGGCGUGUGCAUACGAGCUACAAUGGACGCUCAGCUCUGGGCCGGCGGAAGUGAAUCGUGGUAGCGUCCGUCCUGGAGGCGGCAUUAGGGAGACGGUACGGCUAGACAGACUGUACCCCUUCACCAGCUACACCCUUGUGGCGGUGGCGGAAAACAGAAAGGGAACAAGUUCCACGUCUUCAGUGACUUUUCAGACAAAUGAAGCCCCUCCGUCCCAAGUGCUGGACCUGGAAGUAAAGCCAGGUGUAUCUGGAAACCACGUCGCCACCUGGAAAGAACCGAAAUGGCCCAAUGGACGAAUCCGGCAAUACACUUUGAUACUGACGCACUUACAAUAUAAGGCAUGUCCUGAACAAAGCAAGAAAGCGGUUGAUGAGGAAUUCACUCAGAAUGUCACCGGUACAACCGCCCAGCUUCCAGCUCGAGUGCCGUUCUCGCGCUAUGUCGUGACGGUGUCUGCCGUCACCAUAGCCCCAGGAAGGUCGUUAGACGUGCGUUUCGAGAGUUCGCCCCAAGCUCCAUCCAAGGGCCCAUCCGGUGUAAGAGCAGUCAAUGCAGACGAGACCAGCGUCAAUGUACGCUGGAGCUUUCCGGACUGCACAGCAUGGAAUGACUAUUACGCCAAUAUCAGGGUUAACGUCCUCGUACUAGGUGCAAGUGCAUGGAACAUGAAUACAAGGUAUGAUAAGGUCGGCAAAACGUCACAAACUGAAAUCGAAAUCAUCGAGCUUACACCAUACUCCAACUACUUUGCUCAAGUUUCGAUGAACAACAGCGUUGGUGUCUCGCCAGAUCCGCAGACGACACGCUUCUCUACACGACAGAGCAGUUACGGUCCGGAUCGGCCAGCCAAUUUCACCGUGCUCACCGUAACGUCCACCAGCCUCACGGUCGGGUGGGACAGGCCGUCGCCGCCGCUCUGCCGAAUCACCGAGUACCGGGUCCGGUGUCACGGUGACGGCUGCCCCGCUCUGCUGACGGUGCCCGCCGACGGGCCCGGCUGCCGGACAGCCCACCUCGGACGUCAGUGCGGCGCCACAGUGACCGGGCUGAAGGAGGUCACUUCAUACACUCUGGAGGUUUCUGCAUUCUGCGCUGACGUAAGAAGGGAAGGUUCUCCGUCGUCUGUGAUUGGAAGAACACAAGAAGGAAGUGAAAGAGACACGUUCCUGUGCCACAUUUCCCAUCACAUAACAGCUCCCAAGUCUCGUUUGAGCAUCGGGCCCGGGCCGCCGGGCGACGUGAGACAGCAGGGUCUGCAGCUGACCGAGCUCCACGUUUUCUGGACUACGCCCGUGCAGAGGAACGGACGCAUCCUGCGCUAUCAGGUGAACGUCUCGGAGUCAGAGGACGGCACUCCCCUCCAGAGCCACGAGAUCAAGAUCGGCCGCGACGACGAACAAGCACGCCACCACAGCCUGCUGGUGGAGGGCCUGGAGGCGGGUCACCGCUACCUGGUCCGGGUGGCCGCCAGCACGGCCGUCGGACAGGGCAACAGCGCCGCCGCCUGGCUGGAGACGCGCGUGCCGCCGCCGCAGCUGCCGGCCUCGCCCGAGGUGCGGCAUGACCUGGUGACGGACAGCACGGUGCAGCUGCGGCUGCCGUCGGCCGCCGGCGCCGGCGGGCCGCCCGUCUCGCGCUACUACGUCAUCGUCUCGGAAAACCUGGAUCUGGACGGCGCAGCGGUGGAGGCGUACCCUGCCGACGACCUGCCCAACGCCGAGGAGGCCAGUCGCAGGGGCAUCAGCUUCUACGUGGCCGCUGUGGCUGAUCCGGAGCACGUGGAUACAAACGGGACGUUCGUUAUUGGCGAUGGAAAGUACUACAACACUUCUGAGAAGUCCUAUUACAACCAACCUCUGAAGACCGACCAUACCUACCGGAUCGGCAUGGCGGCGCUAUCCAGGCUGUCAGCCGACAACAUGGGACUCAGUUUUAGAGCCGUGGACGAGCCUAUCACCGUCCGAGCUCCAAAUGCGACCGGUACUAUACUGGGCAGUCUUUUCGGUAUCAUGCUGAUUCUGCUCAUCGUGAUCGGGGCUUUGGCAUUCAGAAGGUCCCUGCUGGCUCAAAAGGCAGCCACCGUUAACAAUCACGAGGAAGGAAGCCCUUCACAAGUGCCAAUGGAAGAGCUCCACUCCAAUCCGGGUGGAGAGGAAUGCAACGAGGACCACCUCUACGAAUGCAUCACGGAUCCGGAUGGAGAGGAGGGAGACGAGAAUUACACCUACGAAUAUAUGGCGCCGCAGUUCCUGAACAAGUCGCGGGUUCGCUUGUCGGAGCUGGUGGCAGUCGCUCGGAACACGGAUCUGCUACAGUCGCAGUUCGCAAGCCUGCCGCUGGGUCUAACACAGCCCUGCCUCUACGGCAGUCUGCCGCAGAACCGGGCCAAGAACAGAUACUGCAACCUGCUGCCGUACGACAGCAGCCGUGUGAAACUGAAAAAACUGGAAGCGAAUGAGUUCUCAGAUUACAUCAACGCCAAUUUCGUCGACGGCUACGAACGGCCAGGAGCGUAUAUCGCCACGCAGGGACCCAAGCCGGAGACCAUUUUCGAUUUCUGGCGGAUGCUCUGGGAAAAGAAGGUGGCCAGAGUGGUAAUGCUCACCAACCUUGUGGAGGGAGACAAGAAGAAAUGCGACCUCUACUGGCCGGAGGAGAGGCCGCUACUGCUUCUGAACCUGAAGGUGGAGAAGGAGAGCAGUCGCAUGUCCAACGACUACACCGUGCGGACGUUCGUCAUGGUCCGAGGCCGGGAGAGGAGAACGGUGACUCAGCUGCACUACACCGCCUGGCCGGACCACAGCGUGCCCCUCUAUCCGUCCUCGCUGGCCCGCUUCAUCCGCGAGCUGGACGCCGUUCCCGACGGAGAAGGACCCACGGUCGUCCACUGCAGCGCUGGCGUGGCACAAACCGGCACGAUGAUUCUGAUCGACGCUCUGCAUAAGAUGGGCCGCUGCGAGCAGGCGGUGGACGUGUACCGGCAGCUGACGGUGGUGCGCCAGCAGCGGGCCAACCUGUGCGCCAGCCUGGCCCAGUACCAGCUGGUGCACCAGGUUCUCGUCGAGCUGCUCGUGUCGCCGUCGGCGUCAGUGCCGGCCGCCCAGCUGGCCGUCCGGCUGCCGCAGCUCAAAUCGGUGGCAGACGGUCCGUCUCAGCUGGAGCAGCAGCUCAGCUUCCUGGCAUCCAACCCGCCGCCGGCCUCGUACGCCAGUGCACGCGCCGAGAACCUCGAGGGCAAGAACCGCUCGCCGGAAAUUCUGCCAGAGGACAAGAGUCGCGUCUUCCUCCAUAGCUGCGGUCUGCGCGACAACUACGUCAACGCUGUCUUUGUGCAAGGCUUCAAGAAGCCGGACGCGUUCAUUGCCACGGAGGCGCCUCUGCCGAAGCGACGCCACGUCUUCUGGAACAUGGUGGUGGAGAAGCAGUCGCAGACGGUGGUGGUCAUGAACGAUCUGGAGCCUGAUGACGUAUUUUGGCCGACCACGGAGGAGCCUAUCACGUUCGGUACCGUUGUGAUUCAGCUGAGGAGCCGAAUUGUCGAGCCAGUGGAGACGCUCGACCUCACCCUGAACGUCUAUGUCAACGGAAAGAUGGAGACCUCCCAGGAGGUGCGUCUGUUCCUUCUGCCGUUCGGUGACCCGGCCGGAAGUCUGCCCUCGGCUGAACAGCUGGUGGUCCUGCACUCCGCCUACGAGCGGUCUCUGCCACACAGCUACGGAGGCGUCACCACCGUGGUCUGUAGGACCGGUGUGACCGGCUGCGGCCUGUUCAUCGCCUCCUCGUUCGUCAUGGACCAGCUGGCGGAGGAGCAGGAGAUUGACGUGGCGAUGGCCGUCUCCACGGUGCGCAAGAGCCGGCCGCAGUUCAUCAGGACGCUGAAACAGUACGAACUCUGCUACGACGCGGCUCUGGCGUGGCUGAAGACCUUCGACAUGUACUCAAACUUCCAGUAAAUCUGCCGUCGAUCGUUAAGGUGUCACGUGACGGGCUCUAUUUCUUGAGCGAGAGCAAUUCUUCACAUGUUGUAGAUGGUUAGAGAUAUUGUGCUAUACUGAAACUACGGUCGGCAGUUUCCAUACACCUUGGGGCUGACUCAGCGGGGAGUUGGACAUUCGUGCUGCCUGUUGGGUUUACUAAAAACGCCUUUAGCUAGUCUGCCUUAGUGAUGUAUGUAAAAAUCGAUGUGGUUAUUCCCUUAGACGUGGCGAAGAACCGCUAACUUAGUCCGUCAUUGUGACUCGUCCCUUUGGCAUAUUGGAAUAUCGUACGCCUAGUCUGCCUUAGUGAUGUGACUUACUUAGUGGGAUCAUAUCAGACUGUUUCACCUUGUCGUUUUCAGUGACGGCAGUUACGCCCCUAAGUGACCUGUUACGCCCUGUGACCUGGGCCAUGUCGGGUUUUGUGUAUGCCGGCUUUGUUGCUUAUGCCAGUGCCAUGACACUUGUCAGUUCUGUCUUUUUUAGCCUUGGCUGAUGCAGUCAUCAUUUGCGGUCAGUGCUUAUAGUGGACUUUAAGAUUUCUGGACAGUUUUUAUUUCUGAGAAGAUUUUUGCACCGUUAGACACAGUUAUCAUUAGGUUAUGCUGCAUGUGUUUUAUUAGAUAGCUAGCAUGCUUAAUAGCUUGUUCUUAGAGUGGUAUUGUGAUACUGGUGACUGGUACUGCCUAUAGAGGCAGUAUUGGUGUUGAUAUCAACGUUUGCCUAAUAUAAUCCUCGCAUGUG